ACGGGUGCAGAGUUCCGGAACCAACAUGCCGGCGGCCUGUCACAUGCUGAUCAUGACCGUUGGGACUUUGUGGCAAGCGCUCUACCUCAGGCCUGGUUGGCUUCAUGUUGGUGUGGUGACGGUCCCUGUCAAGCCCGGCCAAGAGCGUCCUGAUAGCGCUGACAUCGGCCACUCCGACCCAUCUUGCUUCAACAACCAGCGACUCAGUCCCUCCACGUGCAUUGCGCCUGUCUACAGCUUCACCCUCCUGCGGCCGCUCGGUCGACGUUUUCGGCGCCUUGACAACCGUGACAGCGUCCUUUCGGGCGGCCUGUCCGAGUCCUCAGCCGCAAACAGCCUCUCAGCCGGCGCCACGAUCUGGCCACCCGUGUGCGUGACGGCGCCGGAACGGGAGCGCCAUCGAUAUGAGUUGUGGCACUAUCAGGCCGGUUGA